CGGGAGCGUGGCAACGCCGCAUUCAAAGCGAGCCAGUACGGCGAGGCGCUCUCUGCCUACUCGCGCGCGGUCGACCACUUCCGUGGCGACAAGGCUAUCUUUGCGAACCGCGCUCUCGUGCACCUCAAGCUCCGCAACUUUGCAUCGGCAAUCGAGGACACGUCGCGCGCGAUUGACAUCGCCACCUAUCUCGAUGAGGACGUUCUCAAGGCCUACGUUCGGCGGGCGACAGCCCAUGCGGCCCUCGGCCAGUUCGACGAGGCGGAGGCCGAUCUCGAGCAGGCUCGGGAGAUGGCGCCG